AUAUCGGGCAAAACCUCUAACACGGUAUUUUGUACAGCCAUUGGUUCACACCGCAAAGAGAGCGUCGGAUUUUUCGAGUUGUACCUGAACAUACCAUACAUGUGUGCGCACUCUACUGUGAAUCCUUGGUAGCUCCGUACGCACAUAGACAUCGGCGGGACACAUAACUAUCACAGCAAGAUGGCCGAGACAGACGUUGAUAAUGAACUUCUGGACUAUGAGGAGGACGAGGAGCCCCAGGGAGUUCCCGAGAGUGGGACCCCAGCAACCAAGAAGGAAGUGAAGGGGUCAUACGUAUCCAUUCACAGCUCAGGGUUCAGAGACUUUCUCCUUAAACCCGAGCUUCUCCGUGCAAUUGUUGACUGUGGUUUUGAGCAUCCCUCAGAAGUCCAACAUGAGUGUAUUCCACAAGCUAUCCUGGGCAUGGACAUCCUGUGUCAGGCCAAGUCUGGUAUGGGAAAGACAGCAGUGUUUGUCCUUGCCACCCUGCAACAGAUAGAACCUGUAGAUGGCCAGGUAUCUGUCCUUGUAAUGUGCCACACGCGAGAGUUGGCCUUCCAGAUCAGCAAAGAGUACGAGCGCUUCUCCAAAUACAUGCCCACUGUCAAGGUGUCGGUGUUCUUCGGUGGCCUGGCCAUCAAGAAAGACGAGGAAGUAUUGAAGAAGAACUGCCCUCACAUUGUCGUAGGAACCCCAGGACGUACCCUGGCCCUCAUCCGCAACAAGACCCUCAACGUGAAGAACAUCAAACACUUUGUGCUGGACGAGUGCGAUAGGAUGCUGGAGCAGCUUGACAUGAGGCGUGAUGUCCAGGAAAUCUUCAGGGUGACACCCCAUGAGAAACAGGUUAUGAUGUUCAGUGCAACGCUAAGCAAAGACAUCCGUCCCGUCUGCCGCAAGUUCAUGCAGGAUCCCAUGGAAGUGUUUGUGGAUGACGAGACCAAGCUGACACUCCACGGCUUACAACAGUAUUACUGCAAGAUCAAGGAUAGCGAGAAGAACCGAAAGCUUUUUGACCUGCUCGAUGUACUCGAGUUCAACCAGGUGGUGAUCUUUGUUAAGUCAGUGCAUCGCUGUGUGGCUCUGUCACAGCUGCUGGUGGAGCAGAAUUUCCCCGCCAUCGCCAUCCACAGGGGCAUGGCACAGGAGGAGCGGUUAUCCCGGUAUCAGCAGUUUAAAGACUUCCAGCGACGAAUCCUGGUUGCCACCAACCUGUUUGGCCGAGGCAUGGACAUCGAGCGAGUCAACAUUGUCUUCAACUACGACAUGCCAGAGGAUUCUGACACAUACCUUCACAGAGUGGCCCGUGCCGGCAGGUUUGGUACCAAAGGCCUGGCCGUCACCUUUGUGUCUGACGAGGCUGACGCUAAGACCCUGAACGACGUCCAGGACCGCUUCGAAGUCAACGUAGCAGAGCUACCAGAGGAGAUUGAUAUCUCCUCCUACAUUGAACAGUCCAGAUGAGUCUGAGGUGUCUUUUCAGUGGAGAACGUGUGUGACCCGUGGUGUGACCGUAUUUUGGUGGAUGAGAAAAAAAAAAAACUCAACAUUUAUUUUAAAGUCCCCCUACGACUAUAUAUGUGGCAAGUUCAUAAUGAUAAAAACCUUUUUGUUCUUCGCAGGGUGCUUGUUUUUAGUGUUUUUCAUGUUAAAACAUGGAUUUAUUGUUUUGGUUGAAGAAAUAAACUUUUUAUACCUUA